AUGGCUGACGGAGGUCUACAUACGGCUGUCGUACACUACAAAAAGAAGCUGGAAAAAGGCUGUGAUAAGGCCAAAGUGUUGGAGAUACUGAAAAAGUUUCAGAGGUGGCCCAUUACUGUUGCCAUUCUACAGGCGACAGGCAUCGGGAAAACCGUGAACGCGUUUCGAAAGAGCGACGGCGACAUCGGCGAUCGUGCGCGAAUCCUCGUCAAGGCCUGGAAGGAGCUGGUUGAGAACGACGAGCCGGAGAACAGCGCGCCCGCGGAGGAGAGCUCUAGUCCCGAGCGUAGUCCCGUCUACCAGGAGGCGCCACCUGACGACGACGUGUGGGCGCCGGAGCCGAGCGUUCUCAGUCCUCAGCCGGACAGACACGAGAGCGCAGCGCACGCGGAGCGUCACUCGUCGUCGGGGAAACGGCGGCACAGACACGAGCGGCGUCGCCACGGCGAUGCCGAGUCGCAGAACUCGGAGCCGAACCAAUCGCGCGCGUCGACGUCGCUCGACAACGAUCGCGUGAAGUCGGCGAGUCUCCACGGCGACCGUGGAGAGAGGCGUAAACAAGGACGCGGCGGCGGCGGCGGUGACAAGCAGCACCACAAGGCGGACACGUCGGGGAGACGCGGCCGGACGGAGGAGGCGAGGGAGAGGCACGGGCGGGAGACGCCGGCGGAGACGCCGGCGGAGCAGCCGAGAGCUGCGGGGACGCGCGAGAUCGAACUCAGCUCGGAAAACAACAUGUUCUCGUUUGAGGACGCGCUCAACUGUGAUUCGAAGAGAAAGGUGAAGAAGCUGAUCAAGACGAAGAAGCCGAAAGCGCCGGCGGACGUCAAGUCCGUCUCGACGAAAGUCGUCAAGCGCUCGGAGAACGCCGGCGCUUCAGCUUCGUCUGCAGCCUCCCGGGAGCAACGCAGGCGUGACGAGAGGGAGGAGUUCUCGCUGUCGCCAACGUCUUCCCCCGAGAAGAAGGUGAAGACACCGGGGGUCAAUGUUGAUGCCACGCUACCUAGCAUACAGCCCAAUUACAAGCCAAUGCAUUUCCCUGUGAUUUCUGAGGGCUCGAAGAAAAAAGCAGCUCAUCCGGCCCUAACUGUUGACGAAUUCAUCGUGCCACAGAAGAGCAGGACAGCAAUGUACUCUGGAAAGAAAGUGACAACUCAUCUCACAGAAGUUUCAUCAUUGUACCAAUCCUGCAUUCGUGUGCUCAUUGACAACAUUGACUUGAUAGACUACGUCGGUGGCAUCCCGUUUGAUAUCUUAAGGCCGGUACUCGAGCGCUGCACGUCGACCCAGCUCUACACCAUCGAGGACUUGAAUCCUCACCUGGUGGAGGAAGGAGAAACGGACGUCUUGUGGAAAUCUCACUGCACGAAGGAGUUUCGAAACAAGCUGCCUGACGAUAUGGAGUCUUGGAGAGAAGUGUACCUGAGGCUACAUGACGAGAGAGAGGCAAAGCUGAAGAACAUCACUGUCAAAAUCCAAGCAAAGUCGAUUGCCGAAGCCGCACCAGUGCGCACAACAAAGAUGGCGUACGUUAACUCCGCCGCGAAGCCGCCGCGCGACGUGCGUCGCAAGCAGGCUCUGCACGGCACCGCCGGCGCCACCUACAAGUCUGAGAGCGAGAAGAAGACGGUUGCGCAGAAGGUGCACCCGGUGAAGCGGAUGAGGGAGGUGGACCAGGACACCGGUCUCGCAGCCGCGGGGCCGCUCAUAGGGCGUGCCGGCGGCCCCAAGAAACUCGAGAAGAAAGUUGCACCGAUGAUGAGGAAAACUCUGAAGAUGAUGAAAAACAGUUUUCGGAGGUGAGUUGCCGAGCCGUCGUCGCGACGACGGAGCCGGUACAGAGCUAUUCCAUCGGUCAUUCCUAUGGUCCCCUACUAUCGUCAAAGGUAGACAGGGCAAGAAACGUCCAGGGCAGAUGUGACAGCAACUCGCCGUGAGACGUAUGAUAAAGCACUGGUGGUGCGUCACAUGAGCCGAGAGGUCGCGGGAGACGCAGCGUUGUUUUGUGAGUGCUGAAAUAAGUUGCAUUUAAGUGGUAUUUCGUUAUAGCGUUGCAGCAUUACGAAGGAGUGACAGUAACGCUGCAGUCUUGGUUUGUUCUGUGAUGCAGCAUGCCGUCAAGCCAAGCAGUCUGUGAUGCUUUUCAGAAGUUGCAUUUUGAAGAGGGGCAGCCGAAAUUACGCAUGUACAUGCGCAAUAUGCAUAUAAUCAAGAGUACAUAAUAGGAGACUUUUAUUAUGUACUCUGGAUAUAAUGCAUAUGCUCACAUGCAUAUAUAUGUACAUAUUUAUAUAUAAUUAGGGAUGCGACGAUAUGCCUGGAUAUAGACAAUACGAUACAUCGUGAUAUUUUGGCCACGUAUAGAUGUGUUACGUAAUAGAAACUAUUAAACAAAGGUGUUCAUGAUAUUUUGGGAAAUGUCGUUCGAUUUUGCGGAAAUAAGAAUAAGAAUUUACAAGGCGCGUAGUGAUUGUACAGUGAAUGUAGCAUCGUCAAGUCGGCAUACUCGCAUACUUUCAUCACACGAAAACAUGCACGGUGCUGCCGACUGAGAUUUUGAGAACCUAACGAAGGCAUAGAGUGGACGGUUAACUUGAUUUAAGUGCACAUUUCUUUUUGGCGCAUCGUGACGUGUCGAUACUCAAGUGAAGCUGUGUUGCGAAUCAUAUCGUGGCCAUCGUAUCGUGACUAAUUACAUACUAAUAUAUAUACUUUUGUGCGCGUGCAAGCGUACGUGCGUGUGCAAGCAUGC